AUGGGUCUUGUCAAUGAUAUGUACUAUCCUGGUGAUAUCGCUUGGGUGUUAGCCUCAACAUGUCUAGUUUUUCUUAUGAUACCAGGAAUUGGUUUCUUCUAUAGUGGCAUGGCGAGAAGUAAGCAUGCACUGUCACUAAUAAUGUUAGGAGUCUUAGCCAUUCCAAUAGUAUCGAUUCAGUGGUUCUUAUGGGGUUAUAGCCUCACAUUUAGUUCAACCGGGGGACAUUUUAUUGGUAACCUUGACAAUGCGUUUCUCAAAGGAGUUAGAGGAAAACCUUCACCCACCAGCAAUACCAUUCCGGAGCUCGUAUUUUCAAUUUUCCAACUGAUGUUUGCCGCAAUCACACCAGCGAUUGCUCUCGGUUCAGCAGCUGAACGCGUUCGUGUAAUACCAGCUCUUGUAUUUAUUUUUGUAUGGUCUACUCUCGUCUAUGAUGUAAUUGCCUGUUGGUGCUGGUCAAAGAAUGGAUGGUCUCAAGACUUGGGUGGUCUAGAUUUUGCAGGAGGAACGCCCGUCCAUAUUUCAUCCGGCUCUGCGGCAUUAGCAUUUUCUAUAGCCUUGGGAUCUGCUGAGGCUGCCAGUUUACGUGCUGUGAUGGCCUGUACUGUUACAAAUUUGGCUGCUUCUGUCGGUGGACUUGUCUGGAUGUUGAUGGAUUAUCGGCUAGAGCGCAAAUUUUCAGCUCUUGGAUUUUGUUCCGGAGUGGUGGCCGGAUUAGUUACAAUUACACCGGCAUCUGGUUUUGUGAGUCCUCCUUCUUCUAUAGCAUUCGGUUUUUGCGGAGGUGUAUUUUGCAAUCUUGCUGUUAAACUAAAGCACCGAUUUGACUUUGACGAUGCAUUGGAUGUCUUUGCUGUUCAUGGGGUUGGCGGUUUAGUAGGAAAUAUCUUGACCGGAAUUUUUGCGGAUAGUGAUAUCGCAAGUCUUGAUUCCACACCAAUUCCUGGUGGUGCUAUAAACGGACAUCCUAUCCAAAUACUCAAGCAAUUAGCCGCUUCCGGCGCAGGGAUGAUAUACUCUUUCACUAUAACUUACGCUAUUCUCUUUAUAAUGAACCGAAUCCCUGGACUCUCUUUACGUUUGGAUCCAGAUGAUGAGGAAAUCGGUACUGAUGAGGCUGAAAUUGGAGAAUCAGCUUAUUACUUUGUAGAAAGAUUGACAAAUAACUUCCCUAUAACUUCAGUUCAACCAAAAACUUUAGUGGUACAAACUAGUCAACAAAUAAUUCAAUCGUCACACGAUCAAAGUAGUCACAUGUCGUAA